CGCGCAUCACUCAGUUGGAAAAGUUUGACGCGCCGACUUUCAUAGCACAGACGCGUCUAAUAGAACUAUGCGGGGUAUUUCUCAGUGACUGAACAGAAUUUAUUUACUCCGCAGUGAUAAGAAGUGUGGCGCCUGUAAGCGUAUGUCUGACCGUGGACGGAGCUAUAUUACCCUCCACCUGCACUUACUUGUUUCGGAGUUUUGAUCGCGGUGUCUGUGGGCGAGUAACUUUCAGGCGAGCACAAAUACUUGGAUUUGGAUCGUGAGCGACAAGCAGUAAUAGUGGUUCUCACUUUGCGGGUAGAGAAAAGAGAUUAAGAAAGUGUGAAGUUGCUGAAUGGAAAGUUAGUUUUGACUUUCUUGGUCUCGGGGUAUUUUAGCCUCACUCACAUUGUAUUUGAACCACUAGAAGGUGAAGAGGACAUUCGUCAUUUAAAGCUUGUACGAGUUUGUUAUCAACAUGAGUGGAGGAUUAGUUUUCCACAUGUGGAUGGUUUUAUUGUUGGGGACUAUAACCGGGGUCGGGAGGGCUCAGGUCUCCAACGUCAGAGUGCUGAGGGGCAACAUCAGGAGAGACGACUUGUACCGCAAAGAAGAAAAUAUCACAGUAACGUCAGCGGGUGGAGCCAUCCCCAGUCCACGCUACCCCAAUGCUUAUCCCCGCAAUCUGCUGUUGUCAUGGAAAUUGGUGUCACCACCAGGGAGCCACAUACACCUGGAGUUUGACGGACACUUCGGCCUGGAAGAGGCUGAUAAUGGAGUGUGCAGGUAUGACUUUGUUGAAGUGGAGGACCAAUCAGAGACCAGCACUAUAAUUUGGGGUCGCUGGUGUGGGCAGAAGGCACCGCCUAGUCUCAACUCCAAAACCAACACGCUCAGAGUCACCUUCAAGUCUGACGAUUACUUUGUUGCAAAGCCGGGAUUCAAAGUCUACUACUCACUGCUGUUUGACUGUCCUCUGCCUGCAUCCAUCACCAACUGGGAGGCUGUCACUGUUCCAAUAUUGGACAUUGGUGCAGAGCACAUGCCAAAAGCAGUCACAGAGGUUCCUUUCUCAUUGGAGGAUUUGGACCGGACCAUAGCUGCCUUUGACACGGUGGAACAGCUGUUCAGAUCCUUAAGCCCAGACACCUGGAGACAGGACCUGGACAGCAUCUACACUCAAACACAAAUACAUUAUAGAUCCAGGGCCUAUCAUCUGGCAAGCAGACAUAAUAAAGUUGAUCUAAACCGUCUCUUUGACGACGUCAAGCGGUACAGCUGUACGCCUCGCAACUACUCUGUAAACCUGCGCGAGGAGCUGAGGGCCACCAAUGCUGUUUUCUUCCCUCGAUGUCUCCUGGUCAAACGCUGUGGAGGCAACUGUGGCUGUGGAACUGAAAACUGGAACAAUGGCUGCACCUGUCAAGCCUCCAAAACGACACUCAAACUACACGAGGUGCUGAAGUACGUCCCAGAGGUCACUCUGUAUGAGCGCCCUAAGAGGCUGAAAGUGCGCUGGGUCAUAGAUGAGAUCUUCCUCACACACCAUGAAAAGUGUGAGUGUGCGUGUCCCUCCCAGCCCCCUCGCUGACACACCCAGACUGGCACAUGCAUCUGGAACUGUUGGACGAGUUCCUCUUUUAUCUAUUUUGCAACGGACUUCAUAUAAUUGCAGCAACGCAUACACACAUGCAGCAAAGAAGAAGGCAGCAUUUUGACUGACAAAAAAACACAGCUCGCAUCAUACACCGUGACAUUUGUCCUUGCAAGUAAACCACCUACCUUCCUCUGUACACAGGCCAAACUUGUCUAAAUUUUUCCUUUUUCAAAUCAGAAUUUCUUUCUUCUAAAAAACAAAUUGAUUCAAGAUUCUUUGGAAUACAAAAACAUUACCAUGCCACACUACGAAAAAACAACAUUAUAAUAAACUCACAUUUACAUUUUGAUUUAAGGAGUUUAAUGGAUGCCAACCUGAUUGAAUUCAAAUUUGACUCCAACUGCUGUGUGAAACGUUUAUUCAUAUUUUAUGUGUAUAUAUUUGCAUCUUUGUGUGUUUGUAGGAACUUUAAGCCCUUCUUCAGCCAGAAGCAUGCUGAGAUUUGUGAGCAUGAGACAGAAUGAGGGAGGGAGAGGGGUUGGAGGAAGCGUAAACCAAAAUAACACUUUAUCUUGAUGUGAAAUUAGGCUAACCACAACCCUCUAGAUCUAAAUGGCAUACUAACGCAUUCAAACACACAUUCGCUCUAGGCUUCUGCUCCAUCCUUAAAGACAAAAAGAGUAGUUAUUAUUUAUACUAAAAUCUUCACUGCUCUAUUUAUUAGCGAAGCCUUCUUGUUUUUCACACAUUCCUGUCUGCAUAUAUUCACGCUUCCCUUUGUCUGUCCAUCCAUCCAUAUGCUUCCCGCCCCUUUUCCUUCUUUCUCACUGACUCCAUCUCUCCCGCUUUCUAAAGCACACACUCCCUCUCUCCCUUCAUCACUCUCUAACACAUGAAAAGAAAAGUGAGUUCAGACUGCUGUGCUCUGCCCAGUAUUCUGAGCAUUCCUGGCAUUUCAACUGCUAACUUGAAUUCCGCUAACACGAAUAAAACCGUGAUCCUCAGUCCCUGAACACAUAAGAGAAAAGAGUUUUUUUGGGACAAAUCAAGCUGCCUGUUCGUAGAUUACCAGCACUUCUGGAUGAGAAAGGAGCCACUUUCAAGAUACAGAACAUAAAAGAUUGCAGCUACUUCAGCGGUUUCAAUCAGCAUGUUCACAUAUUCAGCUCGACUGAUUUUUUUGUCAGGCUGCUUUAUAACCUCAUGAAGAUGCUCAUGAGUAUCACAAUCUGACCCCAUUUUGCAAGUCUGCUGGAGCACCACAGUAAAAAAGAGAUCUGUGGGAAUUAGUGUAAUGUUCUUGGUGUUCUUAUGUUCUCUGCUGAAAAUACAACUGAUACCUGUAUAUGUGUGUGUGUUAACGGCUAAGCUAAACCAAGGCUUGUAGAACAAAGACACAGCUACUAAACAUAAAUGGUAUUGGUCUCCUCUCCCUGCGUGAUGCAUUUAACGUGAGAAUGAGACCUAUGCUUGCCUGGAUGAGCCUAUACUUUCCUACCUAAGAGGGGUUGUGCUGUGUUAAACUGAUUCCCCCAGCCGCUGUUUCAAUUCGUGCUGCGGACAUGGGCCUCCUUGCUUUGGUGACCACCCCGUUGGGAGCGAAAUCCGCUCCAGGUCUGCUUUCCAGUGGCCUUGGUCAAGCCCGCUCUACGUGUUGUAGUUUAAGUUUUAAAAAGGUGUAUUUACAAAGAUUGUGUUGCAAGACACAAGAAAAUGUCUCUUCCAACAGUCUCUUUCCAAUUGUGGUCUGCAGCACUCAGCCUGCCGCGGGCUGCUCCUUUCGGAAACAUAGGCUGCGGUCGAAUAGUCAAUUUUGCUUAGGAAGGUUCCUAAUGGAGUGAAAUGACCCGGAAGUAUCUAAGUGGCUGAUAAGGAAAGGUGCUUCAAUGCUUCCUUUGUUACCUCCUUACGCAUAGGAUACACUGGACAAUCCUUUACAGAAGAAAAGGAGUUAUUGCCGUCUCACAAGUCCUUGCGCCAGCAAAAUUUAAAGCGACGCAUGACCAUUUUGCCGUUCCUAAUCAAUAUAAAGGUGCACACUAAAGCCGUAAUCCUGUACCCACUGUGCGUACAUUUCAUUUUCUGUGAGACAUUGCAACACAUCUUAUAAGCCUUUUGAUAAUAAUGUACUUUUUGGCACGGUUUGUUUUAAUAAACUGGUUAAUGCAAGAACUUUACUCUCCUCUCCAACGUUUAAAAUGACAGUGAGCAUCAGAACUCAGAACAGAGCACACUGGUGUUGUAUUUAUAGCCCAGAGUAGCGUCUGAAACAAGUUACCUGUUCGCCCCUCAUGGCUUAUUUCAAUAUACAUGUUUUGUUAAAAAGUCACUAUAUAGGACUACAUUAUUAUGACCAUGUGUAAAAGUAGGAAUAUUAUGUGACAAUUACAUGGAUUGGCUCAAACGCCAUUCAAAUCGAUUACCUGAAAUACACACCCUCCCAAAUAAGUUAUUUGCACCCUUUCUACAGUCUCUGUAAGAUAUUGCUUUUAAAUGAUGCAUUGUAGUGAUGUAUAAGUGUUUUCUUUAAAGAUUUACUGUAAUGAUAAGAAAGCUGUUUUUCUUUAGUAACUGUAAAUGUUUCCAAGCAUGCAGUAAUGUCACUGUAGCUGAUAUUGUGGGAUAUUUAAAUCCCAAAACUAAAAUCUGAAGAGAAAACAUGACACAAGUUUUAGCUUAUGAAACAAUCAAUUGAGUGACGUCUCGGCUCCGCUGUGUUUACAGUUUAGAGAAUACUGUCCUCGUUAAUGAUGUAUUUUUUUCACCCACCCGCAACCAUCUAAUCCUUAUUUAACAUAGAAUAUGUAGCCUACAGUAGAUUCAUAGAUCUAACGCGUUCUGCUUAUCUUGCAUACAUUUAACAAUUGUUUUCAUACAACCAUCCUAAUCGGGAAUUAACUUCAUUUGCUGAAGUUGCUGAAGUGUUUUAUAACAACGAAAUGACAUGCAGUGAGUGCUUCACAUGAAACGACAUCUUUACUGCAGAAUAAGAAGGGAAAUAAAAUGGUGAAGUAAUAUUUCCCACCGGGUUGUCCACAUUUUUUAAGCCUGCAUGAAACAUCACGUUUAGAAAGCACAGACCCAGUAUUCAUUUGCGCUUGUUUCACCGGCAGACUCAGUCAAUAACAUCCGCCACUGUACGAUUACAGCCGAGUGUAAGGGCAGUUAAAUUAUCCUUGCAACGCAGUUAUGGUAAACGUCAUGACCUCAUGAUGUUUACCAUAAGGAAAAGUGGUUGGGAAAAGAACUUAGGAGGUAAUAUUUUGACUUUUCGACCGCAGCCAGUCUCUUGAAUGAAUCUCAUCUCACACACUUGCAAUGGCUGGGUAAAUCAGAUCAACACCACCACAGCCCUUAUAUGAGUCUGACCCUGUCAAUCAGCUAACUACGCCCACGUCUCUAAAGUGACCUGUCUGAUAUCAUAACCGUGUGUGUGUGUGUGUGUGUGUGUGUGUGUGUGUGUGUGUGUGUGUGUGUGUGUGUGUGUGUGUGUGGCGUAUUAAAACAAUAGAACAAGAAUUCAAAGUAACUACUUUUCAAUUCCAAACACAUGAACCAGAUGUGGGAAAU